UAAGCCUGCGUAUAAGACUGUAUAUGUUCCAUGUUAUCCAAUUCCCCAAAUAAUCUGUACGUUAAUGUGAUUCGUGAGUUUGUAUGGUUCACUAUUAUUUUACUCUCAAACCUAUAUUUGACAUUUUUGUCGGAUAUUUCUUGAUUCUCCUCCGGCGGAGAACAGGUCAGCGUGUCUUCGAGCAGGAAAAAGCGCCAACUUCUCUUUGCACCGUCUGAAUUGUCAAACAGCGGAGUAUAUGAUUUGUAUGACUUUAUAUUUGGGAAGAUAUAUUAAACCUGAAGGUGGAAUGACUUAUUUAGUGGGCGUCGCUGUUGGAUCCCAUUAAGAUACCGAGGAGAAAGGAAAAAUGUCAGGUCUACUGACGGAGAACACCGGAGCAGGGCAGGCGAGUCCAGUAAAGAGGAACAAACUCUCCUUAAAGUUCUUCCAGAAGAAAGAAACGAAACGAGCUCUGGAUUUCUCUGAAGCUCAAACAGAAGAAGACAAAACAGAAGAACAAGCGGAUUCAGUGGCAAGCUGUGAGCAGGUGGUCUAUGGCCCCGCCCCCUGUCCAUCUUCACCGGGACUCGCUAUCGCUAUCCCACAUGAGAAGAAAGAGAACUUGGUGCCUUUUGUUGGUCUUAACAACCUUGGCAACACCUGCUACUUAAACAGCAUCUUGCAGGUUCUAUAUUACUGUCCUGGGUUCAGAGAAGGUGUUAAGAAGUUGUAUGACCUUUCCAAAAGCAGAGAGAGAGCGAAGGAUGAAAAUGAUAAAGAUGAAAAGCCUCAGCGUCAGCAGUCAGAGUGUGCAUCUGGGACCCUGCCAGCUAACAUCGAGCUCCUCGGAAGCUUCAACAGCCUCAUAACUUCAAUCGAGCAGCUGCAGUCCAGCUUCCUGCUCAACCCUGAAGGCUUCAGCGACGGAGAGCUGGCCACCCCGCCUCGUAAAAUACUUCACACCAUUAGGCAGCUGAACCCUAUGUAUGAAGGCUAUCUCCAGCAUGAUGCUCAGGAGGUCCUGCAGUGCAUUCUGGGAUAUAUUCAGGAGGCCUGCGACACCAUCAGAAAGGAGCAGGAGCUGGAAAAGGACGACGGAGAUGUGAAAACACAGAACAGUAGUCCAUCGGAUUUCAGUUGCUCUGGGACACAGUCAAAAGCCUCUGCAGAUGAGGACGGACAAGUCAGCGGGAAGAGGAAGAGUGACACAGAGGUGGGAAAUGCUAAGAAGAAGCCGAAGUCUGCCAAGUCCAAGAAAUCUGAGUCUGCAGAGGAAGACCUCAGUAGAAACAAACACUUCACUCGCUCCAAGAGGAAGUCCUCCAGUGAGACUCUCAUGGAAAGCGCUCAGAGUAAAGAUGGAGAGGAGGAGAAGGCAAAAAACCUGAAUGAGGAGGAAGGGAACGAAGGAGGGAAGGUUGACAAAGCAGCAACUAAGGAGACGCGUGGAAAAAGGAAGAUUAAAGCCACACUAGGUUGGCUGAGAUCGUCAGGGAAGCAGCCAAGUAUUUUUUCUAAGUUCUGCAGCGUUGGGAAGAUCAGCUCCACAGCGGUAAAAAAUCUGAUCAAAUCAGAGCAGGAAAACGGGCCAUCAGAAGAGCCAAAGGAGAGGAGCGCUCCCCAAUCUGCUUCUGUAACUUCUGCUGAAGGGAAAACAGAGAAACGUCAAGACGCCCUGGGCUUGAUGGAGAAGCUGUUCCAGGGCCGACUGGUGCUGCGAACUCGCUGUCUAGAGUGUGAGAGCUUCACGGAGCGGAGAGAGGACUUCCAGGACAUCAGCGUUCCCGUGCUUGAUGACCAACCCAGCAGCCCAGAAGACCUCUCUGAAGUCUCUCCAGACCCUAAACCUGAGAUGAAGACUCUGACGUGGGCCAUCUCUCAGUUUGCCUCGGUGGAGCGCAUCGUAGGGGAAGAUAAAUACUUCUGUGAAACCUGCCAUCAUUACACAGAGGCUGAGAGGAGUCUGCUGUUUGAUAAAACCCCUGAAGUCAUCACUAUUCACCUGAAGCGCUUCUCCACCAGCAGCCUAGAGUUGGAUCCAUACGCAGGCCUGUCUAAAGUGAACACCCCCUUACAGACACCGCUGACGCUGUCUCUGAAGGAGUGGUGUACGAAGCCCUCUGCAGCCAUGCAGCAGCAGUACGACCUGUUUGCUGUGGUCAUGCACAGCGGCGUCACCAUCAGCAGCGGCCACUACACCACCUACAUCCGCAUGUCUGAUCUGAAAGAAGCAAAGGUCUGGCAACAGGACGAUAAAGAGAGAGAAAUGGAGGAGGAGGUGAAGGAAAAUAAAGGGGGUGUACUGAAAGAGGAAAAUCUGGCCUAUGACGAUGGAGAAGUGUCAGUCAGCCUAAGCACCAGAGGGCAGACUCGAGCAGGUUUGGCUAACACUAAAUCGGGGAGCAAAAACCUUUCAGAAGGUAGUGUUGGACUCCUGGGAGGACAGAGGAGUUUGUCCAAUUGCGAGCUGGGAAGCGGGAGAAAAGCAGGCAGCUCUGGAGCCACAGAGGGAUCGAAACGUAGGAGGACUUUAAACAGCUCCAGCCAGAAUACGGACGGAUUAAAAAAGGAAGCAGAGGAGGCACCAGUGGCUCCCUCUGGAGGCAGGGAGGCUACAGAGCAGCAGGCUUUGAGCGGCCUGCUGCAGUAUGAGGGGAAAUGGCUGCUGUUUGAUGACUCAGAGGUGCGUUUAUUUGACGAGGAGGACUUUCUGCGAGCCUGCUCCCCCGAGACGUGUUCCUCAUCGACACCAUACCUUCUGUUCUACAAAAGGAUUCCUGAGCCCAGUCAAUAAAACUAACACAGUAUAGAUGUAGAAUAAAGUAUGUCUAAUUUUUGGUGCCAAAAACAUUUAUUGCCAAUUAUGCAUAAUCAAGUUUUUCUACUGUUAAAAAUGUGUACCUGCUACUCUCCUCCAGGACCAAGGCUCUUUUAAUGCACUCUAAGCUGGGGGUUACUUUCUAAAACCCAAUAAAGACACUCUUUUUAUUUUUUUGUACACAUCAGGGAUGACUAAGCCUUUUUGUAUAUUCUUGCUUGUUUAUAUUGGAUCAUUUUUGACACUGACUUUCAUUGUUGUUACUUCUUUGGUUUCUGUCCCUUAUGAUUAUUAGAACUGAGAAAGCUAUUUUCAGUAAAACUGUCAAUAAAAUCAAGACAAGAAGUUUAUUUUUUUCCUUUAUUACAAAAUUUUCAAAAAGUUUUCUGCAUUUGGAAUUAUUCUGGAAGAUCUAGGAUAAAUUGGACUUCUGGGAAGCCUUCAUGGGUUCCUCCUACCUCAGCACUUAUCGUUGUAAUAACCAUACCCACUUAUCACCGAUUCUUUUUUUAAGCUAUGCAGGAAAAAGUAAUGCAAAGGAAAUCAAAUCCAGCUUUGACGUGUUUAGUCACAGACAAGGACUUUAAACUUAAUUUCAUCUUGCAAAU